AUGAAGUUUCUCAACGCCGUAUUCCCGGUCGCAUGGGCUGGUCUUUUACUGCUAGUGCCAGCCGUUUAUGCAGAUCCACACUUCGAUUGCGGUAACUUUAUUGGUUUUACACUCAGAGAACUUAUAUCUUGUAAAGGACAUGGUGGAUUUUUGGCAGCGGAUCCUAAAGAUCCUAAAGGUUCCAAUGGGGAAGAAUACUUGUCACACCGAUACAGCGCGAUAAGAUACGGUAUAUACUCUUUUUCCUACUUGGCUCAACCAAUCAAUGAAUAUCCCUAUUUCCGAGCCUUUCAUAAAACCAAAGAAGUUUGGAAGCCAUGUAGAUUCAUAGAAAACUAA